AUGAAAAUUAAUAAUAGUUAUGAAUUUGCAUUUAAUAAACCCUUACUUAAUAAAGCUGCCACCUAUAACGAAGCUGCUGCUUUUAAUAAAACUACUGCCCAUAAAGAAACUGUUGCCCUUAAUGAAACCACCACCUAUAAUAAAUUUGCUGCUUUUAAUAAAACCACUACCCAUAACAAAGUUGUCAUUUUUAACGAAGCUGCUGCUUACAGCGAAGCUGCUGUUCGCAAUGAAGCUGCCACACUUAAUAAGAUUAUACUUGAUGAAUAUGGGUUUAACAAACCUGUGCCUAAUAAACUUGAUAGCAGUGAAGAAACACAGCAAGAACUUGCCAAUAUAGUUAUAAAUUACACUCAAACAUGUGCUAAUCAAUUUUCACUAUAUAUACUUGAGGAACGUGAGAGUUUUUGCAAAUUUACUUUGCUACUUAAUACAUAUUGUAGUUGGAUGAAAAAAGAGAAGACCACAAAAAAUAUUAAUUUUUUAAAGUUUCGUGAAAUUUAUAAAAAUAAGAAUGGUGUCUGGUCUGAAUAUUAUACUUGUUCACAGGCUGGUACAAAACAAAUACACACUAAUUAUAUAGAAGGUGGUGUUGUUGUAGUUAAUUAUUGGCAUAAGCAUAAUAGUUAUAUACCAGGUAAUCGUGCUGAUAUUCAAUAUCUUAAAAAAUCCGAAAAAAUAAUCGCUAGAAUUAAAAAAUUCGCUUGUCAAGGUUUGUCUCUUUCAUUUAUUCGCCAACUAAUGAAAGCUCCAGAAGAAGAUGUUGUUCCAAAUAGAGAUGAGCUAUUUACAUAUGAAGAUAUCUAUAAUGUAAUAUACAAGGAGAUUCAUUUAAAAUAUCAUUAUGAUAAUCUUGAUGUAAUAAAUGUGCAACAAUGGGUUAAGGUUUUGAGUGAAAACCAAAUGAAUUUAAAUAACUUAAACGAUCCUAUUCUUUCUGAAGCAAUCAAAGUAUGGUUAAAUGCAUUAAAGAAUGACAGAUGGGUGAACCUAGUUAAUGUGAUGUUGGAUAAUGAUGAUGCUGAAAUUAAUGCAAUUCAUAAAGUUUUUACAUCAGCAAAUGUCUUUUUGUGUUGGUGGCAUAUUAAAUGUGCAUGGUGGUGA